GUUGAAAAAGAAAGUGCUCUGGCUUCCUGUACCGAAGUUAGCCUGUCAUCUACCCUGCAAGAAGAAACUACAACAAUGAUGAAACGGCAGUUUUUGUGUCAGGAUCUUUGACAAAGAGCCAUUGUACAGACUAGGACAGCAUUAGGAGAUUAAGCACGUCGAGAACGGAGCGCCAAAACGCCAUUAUCCCCGCCUGAAGUCGUCGGGGGAAAUGUCGCUCAGCUCAGGCGGCUGGACUCUCAAUCCACCGCCGGCCGCGUCACUUUCGCAUCAAGGCUAUGGGGUGUCUCAGACCGGCUGCAACACCGUCUUGAUGUCGGUGCGGGUGUCCGUAUGUCAUUCAGGGAUUCGGCCGCUAUGUCUGCCCGGGGCUGGAGAAGAGUCUCUUCAGCUUCAACUCAGUAUGGACCCAGGGAAAGCAGGGGAAUUCCGCCUCGCGUUACGGGAUGCCAGCGGAACAACGACUGGUCGCAGUGUGUCCAUCGCAGAGUUUGAUCUGAAAUCUGUCCAUUAUGAGGUGAAGUCACCGCGUUGUCAUGAGCUGAGUUUGGCCACGCCCCCCCACGAUCGCAUCACCUUCAACUUUCGCUGCGAGAGGGAGGCACAGGAGUGGGCCACUGUUGUGAUGUCAUCGCUCCGAGAAGCCCACCGAGUGGCUGAUGGCUCUGUCACUGUUGAUGGACAGGUGCCAGUCAGGCCUCAAGAAUCCCAUGGCUCCACCUCUUUGUCACGCACAGAGGAAGUUUGUGCAGACUUGGUUCGUGCCAUAGAAGCAGGUGAUGUCCAGGUGGCGUCUGUGUGUGCGGCAUCUUUAGCUCACCAGCAAGCAGCUCUACGCAUCCAGCCUUCUGAGAGGAACUACACAGAUAGAGAAGUCAGCUUGGCGGUUAUGGUCGAAGACGCAUCCUCUUCCUGCUGUGUCACAGUUAAAGUUUUCCCUCAUGCAACGAUUUCCUCUCUCAAACAGCAGGUCUUUGUGGAGUACGGUUUUCACCCACGGGUACAGCGUUGGGUGAUUGGGCAGUGUUUGUGUGUGGAUCAGCGUACGUUGGCGUCUUAUGGGGUCCAGCGUGACGGAGACACAGCAUUUCUCUACCUGCUCUCUGCCCGCCAGGCACGCCUCACCCAGCAGCAGUGCCAGCAGGACCACGAAAAUGCCCUUCUCAUGCCAGCACCCACACUGGGGUCCAUGCCACUGCAAAAUCCAGAAACAGCUAGCAACGGCCCUGCAGCACAGCACCACAGGGGCUACAGUACCCUACCAACCAGACUGAACCACAAUGGCUCUGGUGGCGCUGGAGGCGGGGCUGAGAGACUGGGACUGGGUGAAAUCCGAGAUCUGAUAAACCUGGAAAUGCCACAACUGAACGACGCGCUGCUACCCAACAGAACAAACACACAGGUGGGCUGGGCCUGCCCAUCCUGUACCUUUAUAAACAAACCCACUCGUCCAGGCUGUGAGAUCUGCAGUACAGACCGACCUGAGGGUUACACUGUACCGGGCGGCUACAGACCGGAUCCUGUGGAGCUACGCCGUAUUCAACAAGAGAAAGAGGCUGUUAGACAGUAUCAUCAGGCCAGGGAGGCAGAGCGGAGGGAGAACUAUGCCCGGCUGGUCCAGAUGGAUGGUCAGGACCUGGUUCCAAAUCCAGAGCGGAUUGAAUGCAAGAUCUGUUACCUGGAGCUCCAGCCUGGAGAGGGAGUCCUGCUCAGAGAGUGUCUGCACUGCUUCUGCAAAGAAUGCUUGCGUUCAGUGAUUCGGAUGUCCGAGGACCCACAGGUGGUGUGUCCUUAUCGUGAUGAAGCCUAUUCCUGUUACUGCACCCUGCAGGAGAGAGAGAUCCGAGCGUUGGUAUCAGCGGAGGAUUACGAGCGAUGGUUGCAGAGAGGUUUGUCUGUGGCAGAGUCACGCUGUGAGGGCAGUUAUCACUGUGCCAGCCCAGACUGUCCUGGGUGGUGCGUUUAUGAGGACACAGUCAACAACUUUCUCUGUCCUGUCUGCAACAAGAACAACUGUCUGCUCUGUAAGGCCAUCCACGAGGGAAUGGACUGUAAACAAUAUCAGGAUGAUUUGGCUGCCCGUGCCAUUAAUGACUCUGCUGCUCGGAGAACCAGAGAUCUGUUAAAGACUCUUGUCCGGUCUGGGGAGGCGAUGCACUGCCCUCAGUGUGGCAUCAUUGUGCAGAAGAAGGAGGGCUGUGAUUGGCUACGCUGUACUGUCUGUCACACAGAGAUCUGCUGGGUUACCAGAGGACCACGCUGGGGCCCCAAAGGUCCAGGAGACACCAGUGGAGGAUGUCGCUGCAACGUGAAUAAACAAAGAUGCCACCCCAAGUGCCAAAACUGUCACUGAGAGAGAGAGAGAGAGCGCGAGAGAGAGAGAGAGAGAAAGAAAGAAAAGCCAAAGUGAUGAGCCCAAAGUUGAAAAUUAUUUAUUACACAUUGAAUUGCUCUGUGAAUUGAGAGGAAUGCUGAAAAGGCGGAAUGCACUUCUACAGUUACACUCAAUGAUGUCUCAUCUCAUUCCUGUAAGCCAAGACAAACUGAUGCUCAGUAUUAAUCUAAGUGCCUUCUUAGCUUCUGUUUCUUUUCA